UAGUUAAUUAAUUGUUACUAGAAUUAAUAUUAACACAAAACAAAACAAUGAAUAUGCCAUUGCUUGUAUUCUUAUUUCUCCUUGCCUUGAGUAGGAAGCAACUGCUUGGUGCGGCUGCUCCUGCACCCGGGCAAGUGGUUGAUACAUCCGGUAACAUGGUUCGAGCUGGUUUAAAUUACUAUAUUGUCCCUACAUACCCUAAUGCCGGCGGGCUCACCCUUGCCAGCACAAACGCCGACGAUUGCCCUCUUGACAUCCUGGUUGUGGAUGGAUACCAAGGCCUUCCACUAAUGUUCCAACCUGUUAAUAUUAAGAAAGGUGUUGUUCGUGUUAACACAGAUCUCAAUAUCUAUUCUCCGUAUAAUACGGAUUGUGGGUCCGCAGUGUGGAGGCUCAAGGACUAUAACUAUGAAAUUCGACAGCAGUUUGUUACCAUUAAUGGUGUUUUAGGGAAUCCUGGAGCUGACACCAUUGCAGAUUGGUUCAAGAUUGAGAAGUACGAGGAUGCUUAUAAAUUGGUUUACUGUCCAAGUGUUUGCAAUGCUUGUUAUUACCGAUGCAGCGAUUUAGGAAUUUAUGAAGACGAGUGGGGUAAGCGUCUAGCUUUCAGCAAUGUGCCACUCAAAGUUCAGUUUCAUUAUCGUGCAUGAAGUGAUGAUGAUCAGUUCCACCUAUGUCUAAUUAUAACUAUACUUAAAAAUCUUAAGGAAUAUAUAAAGCUAGAAACUCAGUUACAGUUAACUUUACGUGAAGUUGAUAAAUAAGAACUGUUAGAUAAUUUAAUUGAUUUGAUUAAAUUUUCAUCUUACAUCUCUCAACUAUCAACUUCACGUGAAUAAAUGUGUAAUAAAUAAUAACAAUGCACUACUUGUGCUUUAGUCUGUGUCCUUAUAAUAAUGCAAAUUUGCUCAAGUUGACUUU